AUGUCCUACUCACCUCCAAGUUCUGCAAAGCCCUUCACCCUCAACAUCCCCGAACAAGACCUCUCUGAAUGGCGCCAACUCCUCCAACUCUCCAAACUCAGCCCCGAUACUUAUGAAGGUCGGCAAGAAGACCGCCGCUUUGGCAUAACCCGCAAAUGGCUUUCCGAUGCUAAAGAGUACUGGCUCAACGAGUAUGAUUGGCGUGCAGAAGAAAAGUACAUCAAUUCCUUCGCCAACUACAAGAUGCAGAUCGAGGAGAUAGACCUACACUUCCUAGCAAUUUUUUCGGAAAAAAAGGACGCCAUACCGAUUGUCUUCAUGCAUGGUUGGCCCGGGAGCUUCAUCGAAUUUUUGCCCAUCUGUGCUCUCAUCCGCGAGCAAUACUCAGCCAAAGACCUGCCCUACCAUAUCAUUGUUCCUUCCCUACCCGGAUAUACGCUUAGCUCAGGAGGGCCGGUAGAUAAGAACUGGACUAUGGAAGACACCGCCCGUGUUAUCAAUCAGUUAAUGCUCAACCUGAAUUUCGACAGGUAUAUCGCGCAAGGAGGAGAUAUAGGCAGCUUCGAGUCGAGGCUCCUAGCUCAAGAGUACGAUGCGUGUGUUGGGAUGCACUUAAACAUGAUGAGAGUCGCGGACAAGCCAGACGAGUCCACCCUCAGCACUCUCGAAAAGAAUGCCCUGGAUUACGCCACAAAAUGGCAGGCUACAGGCACUGCCUACGCUCAGGAACACGCCACCCGCCCGAGUACAAUCGGACACGUCUUAUCCUCAAGCCCUCUGGCUCUUCUCUCGUGGAUCGGCGAAAAGUUCGUCGAAUGGUCAGACACCGACCCUCCACUCUCAACAAUCCUCACAAAUAUUUCGCUUUACUGGUUUACAUCCAGUUUCCCGCGCUCCAUCUAUCCGUACCGCCAGAUAUUUGUUGAGCGACGCCCAAGACUUGAGUUUUGCAAGAAGCCCACCGGGUUCUCCUUCUUCCCGCGUGAGCUGGCCCCGGGGAUCAAGAGUGUUUUGGAGAAGAACUGUAACCUGGUGUCAUACUCGACACAUGAGCACGGGGGUCAUUUUGCGGCACUGGAGAUGCCUAAGGAGUUGUGGAGCGACGUUGAAGAAUUUGUAAAGCUGGCCUGGAAGAAGGUAUGA